UUUCCCGUAAUCUAUCCCGCCUGUGCGUAGAGAUAGAAAACGAGAAUUCCGGGUUGAGUUUCCUCGUUUAAAGUUCGACAUUUUUCACCUGGAAACAUUUUAAAACAUCCCUAUUUUUCUUUAUCAUAUUCACCACUUGGUGUCCGUCACUUUUCUGUUUGUGUUUUCUGAAAAGUUUAGUCGAAGCAAAAAAAACGAACGUGACCGAUCUGUGUGUUUUAUGUCUACGCUCACAGCUGCAGAUUAGUGUGUGUGUGUGUGUGUGCGUGUGUGUGUGGGCGCGGUGGCUGCUGGGAAAUCAGGCUUCUUUCCUCUGUGUUCAUUUCGGUCGGCUUGGAAGCUGCGUAUCUUUGGUACUGCUGGAGAAAUGUCCUCCAUCAGUCCCGACCGGGAAUCGAGCGAUGGCCAGGCCCGGAAUACGCUAGAGCCGCAGACCGUGUUUGUCAUCCUGGACUCGACUGAAAGUCUCAACGUGCUUCGGGUGGAGUCUGGGAUCGUGGCUGAUAUUGAGGUGGACUCCCUGCUGCCAGCAGACUGCGACACCUUCUACCAGAUCAAGAGUCAGCCCAUCCACGGCAGUGCUUCAGCAAGUGGCUCUUCUUCCUCCGCCUUGUCUUCCUCUUCAUCCGUUCCCGUGGCGAUGUCCUCCAGGGUCCUGAUGCGUCAGGAUCUGAUGCGUCGGCAGGCUCUGGAGGAGGAGCAGAAGGAAGCGCAGCAGCAGCAGCUUCUGCGGUUGCCCGCCGCCUCCCCGUCGUCGCCCGUCUGCGUCGGCGCGUCACUCUGCGGGCCUCCGGCACAGGUCCCUGUCGAAGUUCUGAAGGUGCAGACCCACCUGGAAAACCCGACCCGGUACCACAUCCAGCAGGCCCAGAAGCAGCAGGUCCGACAGUACCUCUCCUCCGCCAUCAGACCGGCCAGUCGCAACGCUUCGGGACCGUCGUCGGACUCCUCCCUCAGCAGCCGGCACGCUCUCAGCAGCCCCAAAGUGGAGAUGGAGGAGACAGUCAUCGAUGACAUCAUCAGCCUGGAGUCCAGCCUCAGCGACGACUUCCUCACCUUGCUCGACUCGCGGCAGCAGCUUGCCACAACGCUGCCGGCGGUGGCGGGAAACAUGCCGGACGCCUACGGGGAGAGCGGCGGGAAAGCCGCGCCCGCAGUCGCCGUUAGCAACAGCUGCCCGGCCGACCUGCUCGGCGUCAAGCCGGAGCCGAACAAUGCGGAUGCAAAGGUGCUGAUGAAGGAGCGACAGAAGAAGGACAAUCACAACCUGAUCGAGAGGCGGCGCCGCUUCAACAUCAACGACCGCAUCAAAGAGCUGGGCGCGCUCGUCCCCAAGACGCCUGACCCAGACGCCAGGUGGAACAAAGGAAGCAUCCUGAAGGCCUCGGUGGAUUAUAUCCGAAGACUUCAGAAAGAACAACAACGAGCUCGCGACAUGGAAGAAAGACACAAGAGACUGGAACUCACCAACAGAACCCUGAUGCUGCGCAUACAGGAGUUGGAGCUUCAGGCAAGCCUCCACGGCGUUGCUUUUUCUUGCGGCGCGGGCACCCCGACGGACUCGCGGGGCUUCCUCUCCGCCGCCACGCCGCCGUCGUCGGACACGCUGGGCUUGGUAGAGCUGAACGAGCUUCGAGGCGGCGGCGGCGAAGACGCCUUCUCCGAGGACCUGAUGAACCACACGGGGCUGGCGGCGCUGGACGACUUCGGAGACAUCCUGAUGGAGGACGGCGGCCUGAUGUCACCCGCGGGUGGCGCCGACCCCAUGUUGUCGUGCGGGGCGUCGCGCUGCAGCAGCAGGGGGAGCAGCAUGGACGAUGACCUCUGAGGAAACGGUCGACCAUAACCGCCGGCGUUCCCUCUGACGCCGCGCUGCUAACUAUACCGCCGCCCCUCUGUCGGGGUCAUGAGACCCUCACCCUCUCUCCGUCACCACGGUAACCACGCCGUCAACCAUCCGCCCUCUCUCGCUCUCUCUCUCUGUAUAUAUAUCAAACAUUGUCAUAGCUACAGCUAGCUCCGUUAGCAUGCAGAUGCUAACCAGCCACGCGAGCAUGGUUGUUUCUGCUGGCGUGGAUUUUACCCGUAAACGUUAUCAGCUACCACAUGGAGGUCAGUGCCAAAAUGAAUUGUGCAAAAAAAUGUUUUUAUGAGAUAUAGAAUUGGAUAUAUCAUUUUUUUAUAACAAUUUUCUAAAUGGUGGACUUCUGUGGCGAGCAUGUGGAUAUGAAUGUCGUACGUACGUGUCCCGUUUUCUGAUUGGUCCUGAGAAUGCAACUCCAAAUAGUUUUUCUGUCAUUCCUCUUGAUUUUUGUUUUGUUUGUUUCCCUUUACCAAUCUUUUGCUGGUACAAACGCUUUGGGGACCAAAUGCCAUCCUGUGUGAUAGCAAGCGCUAGCAUUUAGCUGCCAGAAAGGAACGCGCGUUCGCGUGUGCCGAUGCUAGCUAGCUAGCUGCUGCUGACAAACACGUCCGUAAGCAUUGUCCCUGUUGAGCAGUUUAAAAUUUUCAUGAUUUUUUUUCUCUUUUUUUUUUUCUUAACAGUGAACGUUAUCUGUUUAUCAUAGCAACGGACGUUUAGCUGUCUGGAUCAUAAAGGGAGUCGUCUUUGUUGUUGUUUACAAUCAUGUAACAUUGUAUCAUAUCUCUAUAUAGAAACUAUAUAGAAAUAAAGUGAGAAGAAAGUA